AGGGAGGAAGGAUAACUGGAAGGACUCGGUUAUGGAUAGGUGGAGGACAGCGUUCGCACGGACAUCAUCUGUCAUUUUUCAUCUUUUGCUCUUCCGUGAGGCACUGUCCGUUGCGGUCACAGAAGUUCGGCUGGCAUCCAGCGAUAUACGUCCAUACGUCCUCCAGGGUGAACCGGCCACACUGACGUGCCACUACAUCGUCGAACGCUCUGAAGAAGUGACAGAGGUUGAAUGGGAAAAGGACGGCAUCCUGGUCUAUCUGUGGACCAUCGACAACCCUCCGGAAGCGAAAGAUGUACUGGAAGGGAAAGUGGACACGAGUGUGCAGUCCCCCAGCACCCUUGUCAUCAAGAAUGCUCACAUGGACAUGCAAGGGACGUACACGUGCAGGGUGCGGACGAACGGGAAGACUGCGCAGAACGAUAUGUUCCUCAUGGUCAUUGUAGAUGCGUGUGAUGAGAGCUCUUGGAAAACGCACACCGAUAUGAUAAACUGCAUCGAAACAGUCAGCAUGCAUUGCGUUGGUAUUUUCCCUAAGCCAAGUCCGGCCUGUGGAGUAUACUCAGAACGCACAGGAAGAUAUUUGAACAGUGUCCCUUUCGACAGCGUUAACUUGUUAUUCAAUAAGACCUACGAAGUGAGCGUCAAUCGAAGAUUCAUUAUCCACGAUUGGGUCAACCACACAGACUUGAGCUUCAGGUGUUACAUGAUGGUGAUGGGAACACCAUGGAGAAGUGGAAUCAAGCACAAAAUGUUUGGAGAUCCCGGCUGUGAAAAGAGUCCUCCAGAAGUAAAGCACGGCUAUUACAACCUUACUCAGGAAAAAAGUUGUUGGGGCUUUCCGAGCGAAGGAUCUCGAGCCGAGUACCAGUGUGAGGACGGUUAUACUCUUCUGGGUUCUCCACUUUACGUUUGCUCCGACGGAAAAUGGACGGUGGAGGGAGUUUUGGUGGACGAAGAUUACGAAAUUCCUGUCUGUAGUGACGGAAGUGGCGCUGGAAUUAUUUCAGCAAGUCUGACUGUUCUCUUAUUUUGCAUUUAUACCAGCAUCAGAAGGACUCAUUUAACAUAGUAGUCAUGUUAUCUACAACAAUAAUUUAACUCCAUAAAUAUUUAUUUACAUAGUAACCGCCGCUUAAAGAGUCAGCGUUUCCUUAUUAACAUUUUUUUAAAAAAAUCAAUGAAUGGACUCGGAUGAAAGCGCUGGUGAAUGAAACAUGAAUUAAAUAGAAAUUCAACAAUGAGUUGAAUAGAAAUUUGAUUAUUUAUUUGAAAACCAGACAAAGCGGUGAAAUUUUGAUGGGCUAUUGAAAAGGGUGAUUUUUCUGAAUCAGACUAAAAACUUCGAAGUAGAUUGAGUAAAAUAUUCAAGCAACGCACAUUUUGAGUAUUUCUCGUGAUUAAUGACUAUUUGCCAGAUAAAACUCCUUUUAAAAGUUAUAUUCCCCGCACUUAUUUAAAUUAUACAAUGCAGAGUAAAUGCGACAAUUUUCUCGGCGGUCACUAUGUUUAAUUUCUUUUUAAAAGUUUGAUUUUUCGUCGGAGAAAUAACAAUAUUCAUUGAAAUUUUAUAUUUAAUUAGAUCAUUGCAAUAUGGUAGUUUGACCAGUAAGGGAACAGUUAAGCGCUUUUUCACUUUCAAAAAUUCCUUAUCUCUUUAAAAACCGCAGCAUUUGGUGCAAGACAUUAAAAUCGUUUUUAUGGAUAUGCAUAACUGUUGAAAGAAAUCUUGGGAGAACUUUUAUGGUACUAUUUCAGGUUUUUGAAAGUUUUAAUGAUAAAUGGUGCAGCAACUCAGUAAAAGAACACGUCUAACUAGUUUGCAUACAAAAUUUUCUGAAAAGAAUAGACCAAAGGUAAAGGUUUGCCAGCAGAUUUGCUACUUUUGAGAAUUUUCUCUUCAAAAAAAAAAGAAAGCUAUUUAAUAUUCUACGUCUGCUUAGCGUGGAUUGGUUAUUCUCCACUCCAAACUUGUGGUUGACUCCGCCAAAAGGCUCUAUACUUACGUCUAGUCUGUCUCUUCUGUGAUCGCAGUAUAAUAGUUUCAAUUUUAAAACUGAAAAGAAAAUAUUGUUGCCUAUUCAUUGGAUAAAAAAAGGAGACCUCUAUUUAUUUUUAUUUUUAGAGGAAAUAGCAAAUUAUUGACUCACAGGGAUGUGUUUAUUCACUGGAGUGCGCUCCUUCACUGGUCAGAUUAUCCUACAUGGUUUUUUUCCUGCUAAAAUGUGCAAGAAUUGUAAUCUGAAAUACAAUUUUCUCACUUCUCAGAUCAAACUAUUGCUGUUUAACAAGUUACAUAACACUACUUGGUCAGCUUCACCAGAAAAAAAAACUCUCAUCAUAAUCACAGGGUUCAAAACGUCUUUUUAGUUUGUCAAAAGAGACUUAAAUUCUAAAAAUGGGGACCAAAAUGGGACUUUUAUUUUAACUUUUAAAGGGCAAAAUUAGGAAUUCGUUGAUUAAUUGGCAGCAAUAAGGAAUCGGUGAAUUGCUUAUUUAUUUAUAAUCGGCCGUGGUGCCCUCCAGUAGAAUCAAAAUUUAAAAAUUAUCAUUGUGAAAAAUGCUUUAAAUUCGGAAUUU